UUUCUGAGUACCUGAAAACUGUCAUUGAGAACUCCCAUAAAGACAGUGUAAAUGAGUGCGAUGAAAUGAGAGCCGUCAUGCAGGCAUAUUCAAAGAAGCGAGAGAUCAGUGCCCAGGAGUGUGUUGCUCGUGCAUGUGGUCUUCACAUGAAGCAAUGUUCACGUGCUGUAAUAUUCAUUCCAACUGAUGAUAAUCCUGUGAAAAUGAGUCGUCCCCUGUCAGUUCUGGACAACACAACACCUGAGUCUUCCAAUGUUGGAUGACAUCUUUGAAUGACAAAUACAAAGCCAGACCUGAAACACCAGAGUAUGAGGAGAUGUGCAUGGCAGACUUUGCUGCUACUUGCAGGAUUGUCUAUGGCCAACAGACAAAAGGUAAAGAUGUUUUGCCCCUUCUCAAUGAGAUGGGAUUUGUGCAAAGGCGCAAAAACGAUAAGCCUGCUAUCAUCAGAUUUCACCGAUGCUCACAAGAAAAAAAUCCAGAGCAAUAUUAUGGAAGACUGCUUAAACUGUACCUUCCUCAUCGUUCAGACAACGAACUGAAAACGCCAUCGUUGCCAACCUAUCAGGCUUUCUAUGGUGCUGGCUGUGUACACCUACCAGGUACUGACCGUCUUGAGUACGUGCAACACAUUGUCAAAAGAAACAGAGAAAAAUAUGAGAAAAACAGUGAGGAGAUCGAGAGCGCUGUUGAGGAAUAUGAGCAGAACAGAGGUGUGAUUGACGAAUGGUGUAAUCUGGCACCUGAAUCAGAUCUUGUAAGGUUGCCACUUGUUGAACAAGAAAGAGAGCGAGACAAUGAAAAUGAACAGGAAGAUGUGCCCGACUACAGCCGUCAGGCUGAUGCUUCAACAGAAGUCAGAGCCAUCAGGGAACCCCCUGCUAUUGAUCCCACAUUGUUACGUCAGAUGUUUCAGAAUCUGAAUAAGAAGCAAGCCUGCAUAUUUUAUGCAGUUAGAGACUGGUGCAUUAAAAGGGUCUGUUCUCUAAAUCCAGAGCAGUUUUUCUUUUAUAUUAAUGGUGGUGCUGGAACAGGAAAAUCACAUCUUAUCAAAUGCAUCUACUCAGAAGCAUCUAAGAUACUGAGCAAAGUGCCCAGAUAUGCAGACGACGUUGACAUAUCAAAACCCACUGUCCUGUUAACUGCUUUCACUGGGACUGCAGCAUUUAACAUUUCUGGAACAACACUGCAUUCUCUUCUCAAGCUCCCUAGAAGCUUAAAACCUCCCAUUCAGGGACUUGGCAAUCAGCUGGAUGAAGUCAGAUCAGAACUUUUGAAUGCUGAAAUAAUCGUCAUUGACGAAGUGUCUAUGGUGUCAAGACAUCUCUUUGCAUAUGUAGAUGCAAGACUCAAACAGAUCAAAGGGACUCGGAGACCCUUUGGAGGCAUGUCAGUCAUUGCUGUUGGAGACUUCUAUCAGCUACCCCCAGUGCGACAGUCAAAACCUCUCUGUGUGCACGACCCGUCCGAGAUCGACCUGUGGCGGGAGCAUUUUCAGAUGAUCACUCUGACUGAGAUUAUGCGUCAGAAAGAUGAUGUUGUCUUUGCUGAGAUGCUGAACAGAAUCCGUGUGAAAGGAAAGUUGGAUGUGCUUUGCGAAGCAGAUAGAAAUUUGUUGUCACAGGCCAUAACUGAACCAGCCCUUUGUCCGACUGAUGCGUUGCACAUUUUUGCAACUAAUAAAGAAGUGGAUGCGCACAACUCUGCAACACUGGCUCUGCUCCAUACUCAUAUCAUUGACAUCCAUGCAGAUGAUUAUAGAAAAGAUCCUAGAACUGGCAGAAUGGCACUACAAGACAGACCAUUGAAAGGAGGUAAAAACGAGUUACCAGAUACACUGAAAGUUGCAGAAGGAGCUCGUGUCAUGCUCACCAGAAACAUUGACAUACAAAAUGGUUUGGUUAAUGGAGCUUUUGGAAAACUACUUAGAGUAGUUUACUCUGAAAAUGACCAACACAUCAUCAAGCUUGGACUUAAAAUGGACAAUGAGACAUCUGGAAAGAAUAACCGAACACCAGCAGACGACAUGGUGUACAUUGAGAGAGCAGAAGAGAAUCUAAAGCAGAAAGGAGUGGUACGAAGACAGUUCCCAGUGAAGCUGGCCUUUGCAUGUACAAUACAUAAGGUACAGGGAAUGACAACCACAUCAGCUGUUGUCUCUCUUAAGAGCAUUUUUGAGCCCGGCAUGGCCUACGUAGCUGUCAGUAGAGUGACGUCUCUCAGUGGACUGUAUCUUCUUGAUAUGGAGGAGAAAAAAAUAUUCACCAAUCCAGAAAUCACUGCAGCGCUUGAGAACAUGAGACAAGCCAACCUUGAUGACAUGAUGCCUCUUCUACACGUGAUACAAACACUGAGCAGGUCAGAGGUUUUCACCAUUGUUCAUCAUAAUACAGAGGGACUGCCAGCUCACAUUAAUGACAUCAAGAAUCACCAUGAAUUGUGUCUAGCAGAUGUUUUGUGCCUAACAGAAACACACCUGCGGGGCUCUUUUGUCGCAGAGAGUCUCCACUUGGAAAAUUACAAUUUGUUCAAACGCAACAGACACCUGUCCUACACAAACUUUCCCCAGAUGGCAAACAGAAGUGGUGGUGGAGUUGCUGUUUAUGUGAAAAGUGACUUUCAAGUGCAUGAAAAACAGUACAUCCAUAAUGUAACUGACCUUGAAUUUCUGGCUUUAAAGGUUGAAGCACCAGUCAGUGCUCUGAUUGCAGUUGUGUACAGACCUCCAGACUACACUCUGAGGCCAUUCCUGAAAAACCUGGUAAGCCUAUUAGACUCAUUAGAGAUCAUGGACUGUCAUCCCAUCAUAGUGUGUGGUGAUUUUAAUGAGAAUGUUUUAUCCAGUGCAAACAAACCAAUCCUGGAGCUGUUUGAAUCUAGGGGAUACGCACAGGUCAUCACUGCCCCUACCACAGAGAAGAACACACUGCUUGACCUAAUUUUCAUUUCUCAGCCAGAGCGAUGUCUCCAUUCUGGAGUCAUGAAGACCUACCAUAGUUACCAUGACCCUGUAUACUGUGUAUUGUCCUGUGAUGAUUCAUGAACUAUAUCUUUGAAUACAGUGUUUCCCUCUGUGAUCCAUCCCCUUCAGAGCUGAGACACUCAGGACUGAACAGACUGCACAGCUUCUGUGACUGAGCCUACAAAACACCUUCUUUGAAACCACACAUGAUAGAAGGGCUUUACGUUUGCAGCAGCACUACUAAAGUCGGCAGGAAUGUUGCUGCAGGAAAACAUCCCUGCAGAUCACCAUCAUUGUCAGACUGACUGUGCCUCCUUUGUGCAGUGUCAAGAUCCUCCCUAAAUGAGUGUUCCUCAGCUAUCCUGCUUCUGUGCUGCUUGCCACACAUCAAACACUGGCCGGAUGACAGGGAGGAUCCACUCUGAAGUCACUGGACAUGAUGAGGAUCAUAUGGGACUUUAUAGUUUCACAGAAAUGUUGUGCUCUUUGAUUACAGGUUUUAAAUGGACAUAAUGACUGCCUCUCUCUGAUCAACAGGCUAAAGGAUUGUUUUCAUUGUUAGUGCUCUGUACAAUGUAUGCUUAUUUAACAUUUCAUCACAGAGCAAACCUUUAUUUAUUUAACAUAUUUUUAUUUUGUUUUAAUGUUGAAUUAACUGUGGGGAUUUUUUUAAGUGGGCACUCAGGAUGUCAUAUGACCAGAAAUGUGGUAACUGGAAUUCAACAGUAUGUAAAGAAAGAAUCUGCUAAGAACAAAACACACACAAAAACCCCCCAAGAGAACUCAAAUUCAUUCCAUGUAAUCCAGUCUAAAACAUUUUAAACUGCUGAACAGCAACACAAACAGUGUUAAAGAAACAGUGUUAACAGAAUAAUUAUGAUGAGUUUGUACCAAAGUUUCAGGUCACAUGGCACACCUAGUGUGUAGUGUGGGGUAUCAGCUGGUAAGUAUAGGUUUUUUCAUAUUUGUGUCCUUAGAGUUCAGAUAGAUUAAGCCUUGUGUAUAAUAAUUAGUCAUAACCACAACUCAAAGUCAGGGACUAACUAAAUUUGUGACUUUGUGUCUGAGCCCAGGUUAAAACACUGUGUAAAAAAGCAUUUAGUGGCAUGGCUGAACAAUGCUGUAAACUAAUGAUACUUAUUUAUCCACAAAAAGGACUAAUGUGUUUAUUUGAUUAUUUGUAUGUGUUAAACUGUGUCACCACCUUAGGCUUUCGUUUGAGUUCACUCAAAAAUCUCUAUACAGUUCUCUUUUACCACUGUGUGGACACUGUUUACAAUAAAACAUAAAAAAGAAUGAGUAAUAAAAAGAUGUGUAGACAGAUCAGUAGACCGAUAGAAACAGCUGUUCAGCCAUGUUCUAAGAAACCAACACAAUUUAAAGGUUCAGGAUUGUGGUUUUAAAAGUUGAAUUUUCAUGUAUUUCAUAUGUUGCUUAUUAUUUUUAUUUGCUUAUUUAAUUUUGUUAUUUUUAUUUAUUCUCCUGUGAAGUGUUUAACAAAAAAAGCUACUUUAAUUUCAAUUUUAUUUGUUUAUUAUUUGGUAAUUUGUUCUUUAAGAAUCGAGUCUGUGCCAAAAACUAAAGUUGAACAGACACAUGACAGGAUCAGAUUAUUAACACCUUAAAACAUUGCAAACGUCUCUUUUUAAAAUGAUUUUUAUUGUAUUUCGAAAAAAACAUUUGUUGAAUUAAUUUAAGUUCUUUUCAGAAAGAAGCUGUACAAUAUGACUUAAGAUUUUUAUGUUAUUUUCUAUGACAUACAAAACAAAUUGAUGUAUGUAAUACCAUUAAACAUGAUAUACACAUGUGUAUAUGCCUGAAAAACAUUAUCCUGGAUAUUAAAGCUUGUAUUUUCUCCAGAAUGUUUGUUCAUCUUUUCAGUUCAAUUCAACAAAUUUGUUUUUACAAUUAUUUUUAUUAUUUUUUUAUGAAUUAGAGAUUUAUAAUACAUAAUUCCACUCUUUAAGUGAUUAG